AAGGUGUGUAAUUAUUCGAAAUUGUCAAGAGUCAAGAGCACAACUUGCCGAAAACAAACAGAGAAAAAAAAAAAAAAAAAAAAAAGUCGUUAAGAGCUUAUUAAGCUACUAAUCUGAACAUUCAACCCUUAAUUAAGAACUAACAAAGUCCCGUAAUCACUCUUCCUCAAAAAAGACCCAGUCCACUAUCCCGUUCGACAUGAAAAGUCCUUCACUCACCACCGCUGCCAACAAGCUCUCUUCAUUCCCUCUACCCUCACAACCCCAGCUUCUUCUCCCCUACCUCUGACCUUUACAAAUUCACGCGAAAACAAAUAUAAAACAAUUGGGGGAAUCCUGUGAGGAGAUAAAACGAGAAAACCCCCGAUGGGUGGGAAUGGGAAGCACAGGUGGAAAAUCUCAUUUCACCGCUCUAACUUGAAGCCAAUGGAGCCCAAGCAACCCCCCAAGGAAUUCCUCUGCCCUAUUUCCGGUUCACUCAUGUACGACCCGGUCGUUGUCUCGUCGGGUCAAACAUUCGAGCGCGUGUCCGUACAGGUGUGCCGGGACCUGGGGUACUCGCCGAAGCUGGAGGACGGGUCGAGACCCGAUUUCACGGCUGUGAUUCAGAACCUGGCAAUCAGAUCGACGAUUCUCAGCUGGUGCGAGACCUCCGGCACGGAGCAACCGAACGCGCCGGAUUACAGCUCCGUGGAGAGGCUUGUCCGUGCGGAGAUGGCGGCGGAGCAGGAGAAGAGGUCGCAGGAGAUUAGGGUUUCCGAGAGGGAGUUGCUGAAUGGCGUGGCGGAGAAACCGCCGGUGAUGUUCACGCACGCGGCGACUGAGUUGGGCCACCGAGUCAACCAUUUCUACUCGAGCUCGUCGGAGGAAUCGGUGGUUAUAGCGGCGAGUCCGGCCACUCCUCUGCCUCUCGCGACUCGGCCCUUGUGCUACUCGUCCUCAUCGUCUUCUUCCGAAAUCGUAGAGAGCGAAACCCAGGCCCGAACUAUAAACCCUAGCUCUUCCACUCCCGAGGAGGACCAAUUCCUCCCGAAACUCAAGAGCCCCGAGGUGUUCGAGCAAGAAGAGGCCGUAGUCGCGCUGAGAAAGCUCACGAGGACUAGAGAGGACCUCAGGGUCCCUCUCUGCACCCCUCGGCUGCUCUCCGCCGUCCGAUCAUUAAUCUCAUCCAAAUAUGCUUCCGUACAAACCAACGCCAUCGCGUUGUUGGUGAACCUCUCUCUGCAGAAACCCAACAAGCUCCAGAUCGUACGGUUAGGAUUCGUCCCCCUGCUAAUCGACGCGCUGAGGGGCGGAUUCGCCGAUUCGCAGGAGCACGCGGCCGGUGCGCUCUUCAGCCUAGCGUUAGAGGACGAUAACAAGAUGGCCAUCGGAGUGCUAGGAGCUCUACCGCCGCUAAUGCACGCGCUGAGGUCGGACAGCGAGCGGACCCGUCACGACUCGGCGCUGGCGUUGUACCACCUAACGCUGAUCCAGAGCAACCGCGUGAAGCUCGUGAAGCUCGGGGCCGUGCCGACUCUGCUGGCAAUGGCGAAACGUGGGAAUUCGGCGAGCCGAGUGCUGUUGAUCCUAUGCAACCUGGCAGUGUGCGCGGAGGGGAGGUCGUCGAUGCUGGACGCGAACGCGGUGGAAUGUCUGGUGGGGCUGCUGAGGACGGGGGAGGAGGGGGCGGUGGACUCGGAGGCGACGAAGGAAAACUGCGUGGCUGCGUUGUACGCUCUGAGCCAGGGGAGCAUGAGAUUCAGGGGGCUGGCCAAGGAGGCGAGGGCGGCGGAGGUGCUGAGGGAGAUAGAGGACCGAGGGAGCGAGAGGGCGAGGGCCAAAGCUAAGAGGAUAUUGCAGAUGAUGAGGGGGAGAGAGGAGGAGGAGGCGGCGACGGAUGAGGACUGGGAGGGGGGUUUGAACUCCGGUGGCGGCGUGGGUCGAACUCGGUACCGAGUUGGGUACGGUCCGAACUCAACCACUUUUUGAGAUUUUUGUUGUAAUUAUUUGUUCAGUCAAAGCUAAAAAAAAAAAAAAAAAAAAAAAAAGAACAAAAAAAGAAAAGAAAAGAAAAGUUAGUAAUUAUUGGUGAACUGAGGAUUGAGGUUGACCGGGUACUAAGUUGACGGGAAGAUAAAUAUGUGGGGGGUUUGGUGGGCACAGUGGUGUAAUUGUUUAUAGGAAAUAUUCAUGCUUCUUUUUUCUUUUUCUUUGUUUUUGGUGGUUUAUAUGGGUUUUGUUGUGAUAUCUGAUAAUUUUCAUUGUUUAUAUUUAAGGUUCUUUUGACCAUGUAAAUAGUAAAUUUUGGAAGGGAUGUUCUGAUGGUACAUGUGAGAUUUAGUUUUCCUUUGCCUUUCUGAUUU